AUGACAAGAGCCCGCGCACGCGCCAUCGAGAACGAGGUGAACUCCUUCCUCUUCGAGCUCCAUUCAAAUUCACACGAGAGUUGGGUCCUACCUCAAACGGAAAUAUUAUGCAUCUUUAGGUACGAAGAAGACGACCGUGGUGAGACCAAGACGGAGACCCAAGCACCCAAGGAGAAGAAGGAGGAAGAGAACCACGGGAAGGGCCAAGGAGAAGUGGCCCUGGGCACUCCGGGCACCCGCACCCCGCUGCCCCCGGGUGCCCCGGCUUUUGGCCGCGCCCUGGACCAGUCCUUGGCUACCCCGGGUGCCCGGCCAGAACCUGGGUCGCGCCUCAGCCAGCCCCGGGUGCCGGGGCCCUCAACCCCAGGUGCCCGGCCCCUCCCCCCAGCCACCAGCUCCCGCCCGGGUGCCCAGCCACAGCCGCCCAGCCGCCAGCCCCUACCCCGGGUGCCUGGGCCUAAGUCCCCCGGGUGCCCGGUCCCUCCACCGCCGGGUCCCUGA